AUGAGCAUAUCAUGGCACCGACUUCUCCAAAAGCAAACCUUAGCUUACCCCACUCAAGAUUGUCUUCAGUGUCUACUAUUCGUGUGGGACUCAGCUUUCAAAUUAAUGGGAGCGAGCAUCAUGCAUUCGUUCUUGCCUUCUAAAUGCAAAGAACAUGGAAAGGAAGACAGUGCCCAUACUUUUAGCCUCCACUUCGCUCUCCGCGAAGCUAACCCGUUCGAUGAAAUAUUUGAGAGACAUACGGUGUCUUUUGUUACUUUGAUUCAAGGUCAUAGUCAGUGUUUUAGAUUUUGCAAUGCUUUUAGGUUGUUUUCUAAGUUACAUGAAGAACGUCAUGAGGACCAAAGUGAAGGAAUAAAGAAAAACAAUUCAAGCUUUGGGCCUUUGGGCUUGAGCUCUCCAUUUAACAAAAAUGAUAGUACUUGUAAACCCCUAACAAAACCAGAUGUUUUAGCUUUCCUCUCUCUCUCUGAUUUCCUCAGCAGCCAGCUAGGGUUUCGAUCUGCUCUUCCAAAUGGUACGAUACUCACUCUGCUUUUUGCAAACCAUUUUCAUAUUGAUGCUGUGGAGUAA